UCUGUCUACCUACUCCGUACAAUUUACAUCUCCCACCCAUCCUAAUGGCCCAUCCACAUCAGUGCCCCUCUCACCCCCAAUCCCAACCUUCAACCCCACAGUUUAUCAAUCAUCUCAUCUCUCGUCUUGCAGCCUACAACGCCACCCCAGUAGACAAUAACCAUGACCUCGAACACCGGUCUCUGGCACGGCAUCAACCACGCCCCACUGCCUUCUCUACUCUGCCCGCAUCCCAAACCACAGAAGUCAAAGCAAUAAUGCUAACUCUCCACUGUCUUUUCCCUAACGAACUCCUCCUCGCUCUGGACAUCCUGGACCGAGGUCUCAUGAAUCGCUUCGUGCGCAAUGACAACACCACCACCACCACCACCACAUCACCAACACAAACAAAGGACACCGAUACAUUCCAUGUCCUCUCAGCAGCCACCCUCACCCACUCCCCAGACCAUGUCCGGUCCACAUCCAACCCCCAAUCCUUAUCCCAUAUGGACGCGAACCUUCCCCCAAAAGGCUACGAAGUCCGCCUGCACGCAUGGAACUGCACCUGUCCAACGUUCACGCUCUCUGCGUUCCGGGAUCUCGGCCCCGAAGUAUCACCAGCAGAUACCGCUGGUGAUUAUGACGACGAGGGGGAAGCGGGGGACGUAUCUUUCCCCAACCUGCAUAAAAUAUCUUCGGAUUCCGAUCCCACUGACUAUUCGUUUGGAGGGACCUUGACCCGGGGCUCAUUCAAGUCCUCGCCCCCUGUUUGUAAGCAUCUACUUGCUUGUUUGUUGGCUGUACGGUGUCCGGGGUUAGUUGGGCUAGGGGAGGAGGGUGUUGUUGGGGUUUCGGUUGGGGAGGGGGAGUUGGCGGGUUGGGGGGCUGGGUGGGGAGGAUGAGGUGGAUGUGAUUGAAAUUGUACGGUGUUGCUGAAGUGAUUGAUGUGAUGUAAUUGAUGGCUUUGAUAUAGCUGUGGGAUGUGUCUCGAUUACUGGUGUGGGAUUGCGGAUCGACUGCAUGAAAAUAUA